GGGCAGGGCCGGGCGGCGGCGGCGGCGCCGGGCGAGCGGGCGGCGGAAGGAAGGAAGGAAGAAAGAAGGGGAGCGCAGCCCGAGCGACGCGGCGCCAGGUCGGAGGAGCUGCGGCCGCGCCCGUGCGUGUCGGCGGGCGGCCAGGAUGGAUCACCACCAGCCCGUCAGCCGCUACCAAGUGCUCCACAAUGAGGAUGACCCCCCAGAGUCUUCAGCGGCUGAGCAGCCCUCCACGUCUGCAGAGCCUCCGCAGCCGCCGCAGCCAGCAGCCUUACCUGAGGCUGACGCUUCCCCUCCUCCUUACUGUAGCAUAGCUGUGGAAGCAGCUGCAACCUCAGACACACACAAUGAGUUUUAUCCUGUACCACCUCCAUACAGUGUAGCUACCUCUCUUCCUACGUACGAUGAAGCAGAGAAGGCCAAAGCUGCAGCCAUGGCAGCUGCUGCAGCUGAAGUUGCCCAGCGACACGCCCAGUUUAGGGAAUCUAGGAGUCUGUUUGAUGAAAUAUUCCUCAGUCGUCCAGAGGAAGAAGAGUAUCCACCACGGGAUGAUUUCAGUGAUGCAGAUCAGCUUAGAGUGGGCAAUGAUGGCAUCUUCAUGUUGGCAUUUUUCAUGGCAUUUAUUUUCAACUGGAUUGGAUUUUGUUUAUCCUUCUGUAUAACAAAUACCAUAGCUGGAAGGUAUGGUGCAAUCUGUGGAUUUGGUCUCUCCCUGAUCAAAUGGAUUCUCAUUGUACGGUUUUCAGAUUAUUUUACUGGAUAUUUCAAUGGACAGUACUGGCUUUGGUGGAUAUUUCUCGUACUUGGACUCCUUCUGUUCUUUCGAGGCUUUGUUAAUUAUCUUAAAGUCAGAAAUAUGUCUGAAAGCAUGGCAGCUGCUCACAGAACAAGAUUUUUUUUCUUGUACUGAAGACUGCAUCGAACAGACAUUCCUUUCCUAUGCUGGUGAGAAACUUCCAGAUGAUCUGUAACCCUCCAAGUCUAUCAAAUAGAAGACUACUAAAACCAGAAGACAAAUAAUUGAAAAUAUGGCUUCAAAAAUGAAUGACAGGAUGGUCUAUGAUCAAGUACCAGUUCUGGUCAUUCUAGUAAAUAUUUAUAAUUGCUGCCUUUUGUUUUAGCACAUUUGUACAUGUGCUUGUUAAAAAGAUAGUAUUGAAGUAAGAACAAACUAUCUCUAAGUAUAGAUUAGGUACAGUCAGACUCAGUUAAUCUGUGCUUGUUGUAUCUGAAAGAUUUGAGUGGUAACUUGUUUCACAGCUUUUAUGUACCACAGAGUUGGUGAUCUGAACUUCUUUCUGAGUACAAUGAAAUGCAUUGAUUCAGAUUAACCAGUUCAGACAGGUUUUUUUAUAUAAUUUAGAUUCAUCUAAUGAUUGUAUAGAACAUUUUUAAGUUUACUAAACCCCAAAGUUCCUUGUCACAAACUUAUAUUCGCCAAUAUUUUAUUGAAUUCAAGCCAAUAUACUGGUUUGUGCUAAAACUGAUACACUUUGAGUCCCCUGUAAAUAACUGCAUAAAUGACUGUUUUAAUUGCUUCUUAGGAAAUCUGUCAAAAUAUAUUUUGUAACAGCAUAUUCUCUAAAUUUUGUUUAAUCUUAGAGCUAUAUACAUAUUUUUUGUUAAUUGGCUAUUAAAGGAUUAGUUAAUAGUAGAUGUAAUUUUGGAGGUUUGCAUUCUUGAGGUCACUAUAAAUACAACAUCCACAUUGAGCGCUUCUCAAAUCAUACAACUACUUUAUGAUGCUUGUUUAGAGUAAAAACAUUGCCAUUUCAUAAGAACAAACUAGUUUAAAUGCAAGGUAAUUUGGGAAGUAAUCUAUGAAGGAAAAAAAUUUAAAGCUCUGAAAGUCAAAAAUAUGUUUUACCUCUCCCUUUAUUCAUUUAAGGUAUACCAUUACAUUCUUAUAAAUAUCAUCUCUUUAAGGGGUACUGGCUACAGUUCAUGCACGUGUAGUUUCUUUUAAAGUUUGUGAAAUUUAUGCUUCUUCUCUAAAUAGGAGGAGACAUCUCUCAGUCCUUUGUACAACUGGAAUCUCAGUUGCAAAAAUACAUUGGCUGUUGGUUGCACCUUUGAGGAAAAAAGUACAAAUAGUUUCCUCCAUUUUUCUUUUUAAUUAGAAUUCUGCUUUUUUAUUACUAACAUUAAAACCAGUGAGGUUUAUGUUGUGUUAAGCUAGUGCUGUAUUGAGUUUUGUAUCUAUAAUGAAUGUUUAAAAUACACAUAUGUAAACAUUUUCAUUUUCCUGAUCUUUCAGAGAUAACUGAUAUUAACUAAAACUUUAGGGGCACCUCUACUUCUCAGCUUUUUAUGGAAAGAAGAAAGCUAAGUAUUAUGUUCAAUAUCCUAUUGAGAUUUUCUUCUAAACUUCUAUUUGUUUCUGUGUUCUUUUGCAUUCAUUGUCCAGAUCAAAAAGAAGCGAAUAAUAAAGCAUUGCUUUGUUUUGCUAAUUAAGA